AUGCAGUCCCUGCGAACGACCUCUCGCGCACACGUGACAGUCGUCUGCAGCCUGAACAACUCCACGGUUGUGCAAGCUCCUCGGCCGACCACCCUCCAGCAACGAGACAACCUGCGGCUUGCCCUUCCCAGCAAAGGACGCAUGGCAGAGGACACACUGCAGCUGCUGAGGAUGCCCGGACUGGAGGUUUGGUUCCAACGGGCAACCGAUGUUGUAAGGAAGCUGCUCUACGGAGACGUAGACCUUGGCAUCGUCGGCGCCGACAUGGUAGCGGAGAUCGGCAAUGACGACCCAGAUCUGGUGGUGGUCCACGACGGUCUCUCCUUUGGCAAGUGCCACCUGGCGCUGGGAGUCCCCAACACCGGGAAGUUUGCCGGGGUCAAGUCUCUGGACGACCUCAAGCGGAUGUACAGCAGCGAGCAGGCCCCCCUCAGCGGCGUGACCCUGCGCGAGAACAACCUGCGCGAGGUGGCGGGCGGCCGCGUGAUGGCCUCGCAGGGCGUGCUGGUGGCCAGCCGCCGCGCGCUGCUGGAGCGCCCGGGCCUGCUUGGCCUCGUGCACGAACUGCUGGAGCGCCUGGACGCGCACCUGGUGGCCGACAGCUACUACUCCGUGGUGGCCAACAUGCGCGGCGAGUCGGCCGAGGCCGUGGCGGCCCUGCUCCUCGGCUCCAAGCUGCUGGGCGGGCUGGAGGGGCCGACCAUCAGUCCCGUGCUGACGCGCGGCGCCGACGGCGGGCCCGCCCAGCACGGCUUCUACGCCGCGCAGGUGUGCGUGCCCAAGAGCCUGCUCUACCCCGCGGUCAAGGAGAUCCGCAAGCUGGGAGGGAGCGGGGUGCUGGUGCUGCCCAUCAUGUACAUCUUCGACGAGGAGCCGCACCGCUGGCGCGCACUGCUCGACACGCUGGGCCUGUCUAGGGGAGAUGUGGCGGUGUGA